AUGGACGCGGCAGUGUUCGGCUGCCGCCAGCUGCGCAGUUCUUCAUUUCGCGACAGUCGCGCCGAGUUCCGCAUUAGGGCGGGAGAUCCCGCGACGACGGCGCACUGUGGAACCGCGCUUCACGGCCGCAUCAUCGGCGGCACCGAAGCCAGCAUUGAGGACUACCCGUGGCAGGUGGCCCUGAAGUACGGCGGCUACUAUCAAAGCGGCGCCUCCAUAAUCGGAACCGGCUGGGCCCUCACGGCGGCCCAUUGCGUCAGCUAUUACAGAGCGCAGUACCAGUCGCUGUACAGCGUGCGCGCCGGAUCCUCCGACCGCAGCAGUGGGGGCGUCGUGCUGGACGUGGCCGAGGUCCACGAACACGAAAAGCACGACAGCAUUUCUGGCGACUCCGACAUCGCCGUCCUUCGCAUUGACGGUUCUUUACCGCUGGGCACCAAUGUGGCAAUCGUGAACCUUCCAGAGGCCGGCUACGACCCGCCAGCCGGCCUCGCUGUCACGGCGACCGGCUGGGGAGACACGGAGGACGCGUACCUGCCCAGCAUCCUGAAGAAGGUGGACAUCGCCAUUAGGGACCGAUCCGAGUGUAACUUCCCUAACACAGGGCGCGAGGUGACCCCCCGUAUGAUACGCGCCGGAGAAACGGGCAAGAGCGUGUGCCACGGAGAUUCGGGCGGUCCUCUAGUGAGCGGCACUACGCAGAUGGGCAUCGUGUCUUGGAGCAGUGGCUACUGCCUCCUUGGGGGCGCCGUCUACGUCAACGUGGGAAACUUACGCUCCUGGAUUACUGAAGUCACCGCCAUUUGACAGCCAUAACUCAAUACUUUCGAAUCACCCUAGGCAGGCUGUACCUCUUACACAUAUAACUGAAAUGAGACAAUGACUUUCGACGAGAAACAUAUGUUUACUAAAU